GUUUUCAAAUUUUAAAACCAAUCGUGACAAGGAUAAACGUGGGAAGUUCCUAAAAAAUACUCGUAGGGAAGCAAACCUCUGGUAGACGAUAGACGGUUCUGAUGAUCUAAUCGCAUCUCUCACUCUGUCUCUGUCAUGGCUAGACCAUCAUGGUUGGUUGACAGCAAUAGAUUUGCAACAAAAAUCAAAAGUGCAUCUAGCUCAUGUGAUCCUGAAAGCGUGAACUGGAAAAGCAACCCAACUAGAGCUUGCCCUAAUUGCCUCUAUGUCAUCGACAACAGUGAUGUGGCUCAAGCUUGGCCUGGAUUACCCAGAGGUGUGAAAUUUGAUCCAUCUGAUCAGGAGAUUCUAUGGCAUUUGCUUGCAAAAAACGGUGUUGGGAAUAAGGAACCCCAUCCUUUUGUUGAUGAGUUCAUUCCAACUGUUAAUGAAGAUGAAGGAAUUUGUUACACCCAUCCUCAGCAUUUGCCAGGUGUUCGGCAAGAUGGAAGUGCUUCUCAUUUCUUUCAUAGAGCAAUCAAGGCUUAUAAUACUGGAACUCGGAAGCGUCGGAAGAUACAUGGUGAUGAUUUUGGCGACGUUCGUUGGCACAAGACUGGGAGGACCAAACCUGUUAUUGUGGAUGGGGUUCAACAAGGAUGUAAGAAGAUCAUGGUUCUUUAUGUGACCCCAAUCAGGGGUGGGAAAGCGGAGAAAACCAAUUGGGUGAUGCACCAGUAUCACAUUGGCACUGGAGAAGAUGAAAAGGAGGGGGAGUACGUUGUAUCCAAGGUAUUUUAUCAGCAGCAACAAAUCAAACAGACGGACAAAUGGGAACAAAAUUUGCCUGAUGACAUUGAUCUCAUUCAUGGAAAAGUGGAUCCAGUGACUCCUGAACCACCUCGGACUGAAAGACGAUUCUCUGGCUUUGACCUAGGAAAUGAGCCAACCAUUACUUGCAUAGCUUCCGCUCCUCAGCAUCAUGAGAUGGGGCAUGUUGAAGAAAAAGAGCAAGCUCCAUUUGGAAACCCCAAUUAUCAAGAGAUUCAUGAAUCUCUCCUAGCGGCGAAAAAUGAUGCCGAUCAAGUAGAAGAUAAUGAUGAUAAUCAAACUGGUGAAGACCCAAAAUGGUGGGAAGGUGAGUCGCAGUAUCUGUUAAAUUCACAACAACUCGUGGAAGGGCUGCCUUUGUGUGAUGAUCUUCUCCAGAGCCAGUCCCCUACUAGAGGUGAGAAUGAAAAUGGAGAAUUGAAGGUCAAGUCAUGCCUUUCUGAUUAUGCUAUCUUAGGACCUGAGUAUUUAAAGAAGGACCUAGUAGAAUGCCAAGAUUUGGUCCUUGACGCAGCAAACAUUGAACUCGAUACACCUCCUGAAUUCCGGCUGAGCCAAAUCGUAUGUUCAGAGUUUGGUUCGCAGGAGAGUUUUGUUGCUUGGGGUGGAAGCUAGGUGAUUGACUAAAGCACGGGGAAGCGUCUUCAUUGCACACAUUGUACAAAAGUGCCAGUAACAAGAUUUUUGUGAAGAUCUAGAACUCUCUUCGUGACAGAGCGACGCUGGUUUUUUGACCUAUUCCUUUUGAAUUAGAUUGAAGUGUCUAAUCCUUUUGCUUCCUGUAAUAGACUCAAACAAAAAUUUGCUGUCUAUAUGGUUUUGGGGAUCUUACAUAUUGCAUGAAAGCCUGAAUUGUAAUUGUUUCAUGCUCAUCAGUUAUGUUGCAAGUCUAUAGGACAUCCAUAAGAGACUUUUUGUCCGGGCUUUAGUCUAAUGAGGAAUAUGAUCUUUCUUCUUA